AUUCCAUCAUUUACGUCCCUGCAGCCUCUCUCUGUCCCACCAACCCCUCCUCCUUCUAAAGAGAGGGAGAGAGAGAGAGAGUCAAUACGCAGAGAGGAUUCCAAUCUGCCAGAGCACAGCACUCCUCGCUUUCUUGAGAGGAGAGAGGCAGAGAACCACAAGCCUCCUCCAUCCGUGUGAGGCUGGUACACGCGUUGGCUGGUGGACACAGCAGCAGUGUUAGCAUUAGCAGGGAAUCUGUGCUUGAGCUUCCAAAAUGCUCAACAACCUCACCGAAUGCGAAGAGGGUGAUGGGGGACCCAACAGUCAGGGAGAUGCAACAUCCAAGGAAAGCAGCCCCUUUAUCAACAGCAGCACCAGUGAUGUAGAGAAAAGCCAGCAGUAUGAUGGGAAAAACAUGGCCCUGUUUGAGGAGGAGAUGGACACCAGUCCCAUGGUAUCUUCUCUGCUGAGCAGCCUCGCCAACUACUCCAACCUGACGCAAGGCAGUAAAGAGCAUGAGGAGGCAGAAAACAAUGAGGAGGCGCGCAAGAAAACUGUGCAGGCUCCACGUAUGGGCACCCUCAUGGGCGUUUACCUGCCAUGUAUGCAGAACAUCCUGGGGGUGAUUCUGUUCCUCAGGAUGACCUGGUUGGUGGGUGCAGGAGGUGUCCUGGGAACCUUCAUCAUCGUCUUCAUGUGUUGCUCCACGACUAUGCUGACUGCUAUCUCAAUGAGUGCUAUUGCCACCAAUGGAGUUGUGCCAGCUGGAGGUUCAUACUACAUGAUCUCUCGUUCACUGGGGCCAGAGUUUGGCGGGGCUGUUGGUAUAUGUUUCUAUCUGGGCACCACUUUUGCAGGAGCCAUGUACAUCCUGGGCUGCAUCGAAAUCCUGCUGAUCUAUAUCGUGCCAGCAGCUGCCAUAUUCAAGAUGGAGGGUCUGGAGGGAGCAGAGGCAGAGGCUGCGCUGUUGAAUAACAUGCGUGUGUAUGGUACCAUCGUGCUCUCCUUCAUGGCUUUAGUUGUCUUUGUCGGUGUGAAGUAUGUCAACAAGUUGGCCCUUGUGUUCCUCGCCUGCGUCAUUCUUUCCAUUCUCGCCGUCUAUGCUGGGGUCAUCAAGACUUCUUUUGACCCACCUUUCUUUCCGGUGUGUUUGCUCGGGAACCGAACCCUUGUGUCAAAGGGAUUUGACAUUUGUGCCAAGACCAUAGAGCAGGGCAAUGCCACAGUCACCACCAAGCUUUGGAGAGCCUUCUGUGACUCUGAGUUCCUGAACGCCACCUGCGAUGAGUACUUCACCAACAAUAACGUCACUCAGAUCCAGGGAAUCCCUGGAAUCACCAGUGGCAUCCUGGCAGAAAACCUCUUCAGCACAUUUAUGGAGAAAAAUUCAAUCUUAGAGAAGCGAGGUGUACCAGCAGUGCUUGACCCUGAAGCCACAGUAACCAACACCAACCGAUAUGUCAUGGCUGAUAUCACCAGCUUCUUCACCCUGCUGGUUGGCAUCUACUUCCCCUCCGUCACAGGUAUCAUGGCUGGUUCCAACCGUUCUGGUGACCUGCAAGACGCUCAGAAAUCCAUCCCUGUUGGUACCAUCCUGGCUAUCACAACCACCUCCUUCAUCUACAUGUCGAGUGUGAUUCUGUUUGGAGCCUGUGUGGACGGAGUCGUUUUGAGGGACAAAUUCGGGGAAGGAGUCAACGGUAACUUGGUUAUUGGCACCCUUGCAUGGCCCUCGCCCUGGGUCAUUGUGUUUGGCUCCUUCUUCUCCACCUGUGGGGCAGGGCUUCAGAGUUUGACAGGAGCACCCCGCCUCCUGCAGGCUAUCGCCCGAGACAGCAUCAUUCCUUUCCUCAGGGUGUUUGGUCAUGGCAAAGCUAACGGCGAACCUACAUGGGCUCUCCUCCUGACGGCCUGCAUCUGUGAGACUGGCAUUCUCAUCGCCUCCCUGGAUGCAGUCGCACCCAUUCUGUCCAUGUUCUUCCUCAUGUGCUACAUGUUUGUAAAUCUGGCCUGUGCGCUGCAGACGCUCCUCAGGACCCCGAACUGGAGACCACGCUUUAAGUUCUACCACUGGGCUUUGUCACUCUUGGGCAUGAGCUUGUGUCUUACUCUGAUGUUCCUCUGCUCCUGGUACUACGCCAUUGUUGCCAUGGUAAUCGCCAGCUGCAUCUACAAAUACAUCGAAUUCUGCGGGGCGGAGAAGGAGUGGGGUGAUGGGAUUCGUGGCAUUUCUCUGAGUGCUGCCCGCUAUGCUCUGAUGAGGCUGGAGGAAGGUCCUCCUCACACUAAAAACUGGAGGCCCCAGAUUCUGGUGCUCAUGAGUUUGGAUGGGGAGCAGAGCGUAGAGCAGCCUCGACUGCUGUCACUGACCAGUCAGCUGAAAGCAGGCAAAGGCUUGACCAUCGUGGGAGCAUGUGUAGAGGGCACCUACUUAAACAACCAGCCACAGGCGCAGAAAGCAGACCAAUCUCUAAGGAAGCUGAUGGAGGUUGAGAAGGUGAAGGGAUUCAGUCAGGUAGUGAUCUCUUCUAACCUGCGGGACGCUACCUCACACCUGAUCCAGGCUGGAGGUCUAGGUGGCCUCCGCCACAAUACAGUUCUGGUCAGCUUCCCUAAGAACUGGAAACAGGCUGAGGAGCACCACCGCUGUAGGAACUUCAUUGAGGUUGUAAGGGAGACCACAGCAGCUCACUUGGCCCUGCUGGUGACGAAGAACAUCUCUGCAUAUCCAUCAAAUGGAGAGCGUUUCACUGAGGGCCACAUCGACGUGUGGUGGAUUGUCCAUGACGGAGGCUUGCUCAUGCUCCUUCCCUUCCUCCUGCGCCAGCACAAGGUGUGGAGGAAGUGCAAGAUACGUAUCUUCACUGUGGCUCAGAUGGACGACAACAGCAUUCAGAUGAAGAAAGACCUGAUGACGUUCCUCUAUCAUCUGCGAUUUGAUGCUGAGGUGGAGGUGGUUGAAAUGCAUGACAGCGACAUCUCGGCCUACACCUAUGAAAAGACCCUGGUGAUGGAGCAGCGGUCACAGAUCCUCAAGGAGAUGCAUCUGACCAAGAAUGAGCGUGAGAGAGAGAUUCAGAGCAUCACAGAUGUGUCCCGUGGCUCUAUACGGCGAAAGAACCCUUCAAACCUGCACCCCCAGAGGAGUAUCGCUGAGGAGUCGGUGGGAGGAAGCGGCGAAGAGAAACCUGAGGAGGAGGUUCAGCUCAUUCAGGGAAAAAAUGCCACCCCCACCCCCACUAGCCCCACCUCCCCUACUGCUCCCACACCUGCAGCCGUGACCCCCGGAGAGGAGGUGCAGAUGACCUGGACGGACGAAACGGAGAAGACCAAUAACCCAGCAGUGGCCAACCCUGAAAGCGUGAAGGAUAUGUUCAACAUGAAACCGGAAUGGGAGAACCUGAAUCAGUCCAAUGUCAGACGCAUGCACCACGCGCAGGAACUCAAUGGGGUCAUUGUGAAGAAGUCAAAAGAAGCUAAACUAGUCCUGCUGAACAUGCCGGGACCACCUAAGAACCGCAAUGGAGAAGAGAACUACAUGGAGUUUCUCGAGGUUUUGACUGAAGGUCUCAACAGGGUCCUCCUCGUGCGUGGAGGUGGACGUGAGGUCAUCACCAUCUACUCUUGAGGGGCUCAGCUCAACCACCAAAUAUUCCUCACCCCUCGUCCCUCACUGCAUAGACGGAAUGUCCCAGUAACCCCAACCUACACCAUGAGCAAUAACGCCCCAGCACAUGACUUUGCACUACAUAGUCUAAAAAGACACCAGCUUAGUAGAUGUCACUUCUUCCACAUGAUUAAGUUUUAUCCCUCUCUAUCUUCCUUCUAUUGGUUCAAUUCUCACCUCAGAAACUCAACAGCUUACACACAGAUGAGUAAAUGACUGAGUUAGUCUUUAUUACUAGAUUCUGACUAAUUUCCAAAAGCCCAUGUUCUCCAGUGGCACCUGACCAAAUACUCUGAUCCAUCUACUCUUUAUAUAAUAUUAUAUACUUUAUCAUAACAAAACACUUUUAAGGGAAGGUGACACUAGAUUUUUAGCAUGCAAAACAACUUUAUUUUUAAUGGCCACUUCAAAACAGUCAAUUUUAAAUGUUAAAAUGUGGCAUUGAUUAUUUUUUUAUUUUUUUUGUGACCAUUGCAAACCAUCCAGCUUUUUUAAAGUUUGUUUUUUAUCUAACCUUGUAUUACACCGCCUUUCAAAAGUUUGGGGUCAGUAAGAUUUUAAAAUGUUUUUGAAGUACGUCUUUUAUGCUCAACAAGGCUGCAUUCAUUAGAUGAAAAAACAUACUAGAAUUGCAGUUUUCUGUUUUCAUAUUUUUUUUUAAAUGUAAUUUAUUCAUAAAACUUACCAACCCCAAACCUUUGAAUGAUGAUGAAAAAUCCCCAAACUCAGAGAUUCCUCCAUGUUUAUACAUCAAUAUGAUAUUUAAAUCCACUACUGGUCAAACAUUUUAUAGCUAUUUGAAUAGGCAGCUCAAAGUCAGCCAAAUUAUUAAUAUGCAGCAAGGCAUUGUCUGCAUUCUUCCUGUUUGUUUGGAGAUAAAUGGAAGCAAAUGAAACUAGUGAAAAUCUAGUGUGACCUUCCCUUUAUGCUUUAUAUUGUGUUCCUAUACUGUCUCUCUAUUGUUUCAUUAUUUGUCACAGGGUAAAUUAGAGUGGAAUCUUUCUUUGCUGAAAACAAGUCUUCCAGUGUACCACGUAAAUGUCCGAGGUGCGUUUUUACACCAAGGACAGAACUGACCAGGGUUUAAUGUGAGCCAGGUGUAAGCACUUCUAGAUCAAUGACUAUCAGCUUUACCCUCGACCAUCUGCAUGUCCUCUGACUACAUCAGCCUUUAAAGAGUCAUGAAUACUGUACAAUAUGAGAAGGCUGGACCGUGUGUGUGUGUGUUUGUACACAAGUAGAUUUAAAGGGGUUUUAUAAUAUAGAAGAGGGUUGAAGGCUGUGUUCCUUUCACAAAUAUGUUCACUUAAAAUAUCAUCAGCAGACAUGAAUUAUAUUGCUCAAUCACACACGUGUACAUACUGUGAAGAGAGUCUGAACAGAACUGCUGUAUAACUGAAAAACGAUAUACAGUUCAAAUAUUCCUUGAAGAUAUAAUCCUAAAUAAUCUCAUUUAAUAGUAGAAUCACAUAUAUAUAUAUUAAGGUAAUGUAAAUAGAAAAGAAUUGGUAUUUAUAUUUCAAAUAUUUAUUUACAGAGAAAUUAUUUAUUCAUCCAGCAAUUUCUGAUUGAUUGUAAACAUGGAAAAACAUGGUAUUUAUUUACAUCUCUUGCCAAAUCCCUAAAUAUAAACCGUGCCAUAUGAGACGAAAAAAAAGUGAACAAAUAAAACAUUUUCAUACAAGAAACAGACACAACAUUCAAACAUAUCAUGCGUCUGAUAUUGCCAGUUACUUUGUAAAGCAGAUGCAGUUUUAUUCUAACAAAAUCAUCCUUUUUCACCAAAUCAAAUUUGUGAACAAAAGCAUAUUUUAACUGCAUAGUAUUUUAGAACCAUAUCUAAUGUUUGUCAUGAAUGUCUGAAAUUUUUGUUUAUUUUUUACAUUUGUAAAGACAACACUGAUUUGCUACAUUAUAGCAGCAUCUGUGAGCGACUGAUGCCGACUGUUCGACUCACGAGCACGAAAAUAUUAAUUAGUUCAUGUGUGGUAGAAAUAGAAGAUAUUAAAACAUUUAUCUAAAGAACUAUUUUAUUUUUUUGUAAAAUUGCAACAAUGAAAAAAGGAAUAUAUUAAAUCACUGAAUAGACUAGUAAAAUAUCGUCUUGUGUAACUGUGAGAUUAAAAAAAGGAAAAUAACUAACUGUAUGUUUUAAAAUUUUAAAUCAUAUUGUGCUGAGGUUGCUGCUACCGUCAUUAAAAUGUAAAUAUAUUGCACUCCCCCAAAAAAUAAGACUGAAAACAAAAGAAAAAAAAAAGCUAUAUUUAUAGAUUUUAUGCAUUUAAAUUGAAACUGUGUUACAUUCAGACCCCCAAAAAUUAGGUCAUUUUUCACACAGUGUUUUACAGGGUUUCGAGGGUUACUAUAACUCAGAGACAGAAAGUACUUUACUGGCAAAACCUCUCAGAUAGUUUGUCAAAACGCUACCAUUAGUCUGUCCUAAUACUCAAGCAUACUUCAUUUGACCUCAUACAUUAUCACGUCCACACUUGUAGUAGAAAGGUAGUGUGUAAAGGUUGUGGUCUAUAAGUUAAUAGAAGUGAUAUUUAACUAAAUCGUUGUUUGCGGAAAAUUUUUUGGAAUUCGCUAAGUACAUUUUCUUUAUCAGCAUUCUAGUUAUGCUCAGAAUCAAGUGAUCUUUUUUAAUCCAAAACAGGAAUUGCAAAGUGCUACCUAUCAGAAUUCUUCCAAGUUUAUUGCCUUUGUUUCUAGCUAAAAUUAUAAUCUUAUCUGAAGGAACUUUUGCAUUGCUGUACGUUUGAAUUUUCAACACAAAAGAAGAGUUUGGCUUGUUUGGAGUCCUAUGCAAUUACAGUUUAGUAAGUUCUUUGAGGGUCUAAAACUACUUUCUACUGAAUUGUUUAUAGUGGUACUAAAGUAUUAUAGAUAGAAAUCAGAGCUUCCGUAUCUGCCAGGGUGACUUGCAGUUCGAUGAGAACUUUCCACAUUAUUUAAAGUCAUGCGAAGGGAAACAUGCUGGGACAGUGUCACGAUUAAGCCAUAUUGGCUGCGUGCUGUUGGAUACAGAGGUUUCACUCUGCGGAUGAUGAUGAUGAUGAUGAUGAUGAUGAUGUCCCAUUCAUCAUGAAGUAUAGUAUAUCUGAAUUUAAUUCACAUUGAUGCAAAGGGCUUUUUGAUAUCAUUUUUAUCAGAUUCGUCUUAUCCUUCCCCAAGGCUGAAGGCAGAAAGAAGUUUCAUAAACCUUGUGUUGUAUAGCAUGUUGUUCCUUAUCUUCCCUUGAAAGGGGCAGUAAACUUCAAAAGUAACCCCUAAUUGGCCAAAGCAUAACUAGAAAAAAGCACUGUGAAAAUUCAAAGUUAGUUUCUUUCUCACACCUCUAAAUUCAGUCAGUUUUUAUCUUUAUUUCAUGUCCUUGCUAUGGAGCACUGCUGUAGGAAACCCGAAGUAAACAGCUUUAGAAUGCAUCUCGAUUUAUCAUGAUGCUUUUUAUGCAAUGCUGACUUGUAACUAUCCUGCAACAGUGGUACUAGUCGACUAACAGGGCUUAUAAAAUAACCAGCGAGCUGAAUUUGAAAUUGCAGGUGUUUCAGAAGGUGCUAAUGAUAUUUGUAAGUGAUUGCUGAAGCGGCGUGUAUGAAAAUGUUCAAGUGCAAUAUUGAGAAUGCUGACUUGUAUGGAAUGAGCUAUUUAGCCAGACUUGAAGUUAAUCGAGGGAAGAGAAGUUGCCACAGUUGAUUUAUAAUCUUGUUUUGGGAUAUACACUCUAAGAAAUAAAGGUCCUGUAUUGGCAUCAGUGGGUCUGUGAAGAACCUUUAAAGGAAUAGUUUGCCCCAAAAUUUGAUGAAAAUUUACUUUCAGACCCUCAGGGCAUACAAGUUGUUGAUGAGUUUGUUUCUUCUUCAAAACAGAUUUGGCAAAAUUUUGCAUUGCAUCCCUUGCUCACCAAUGGAGUGAAUGGGUGCCGUCAAAGUGAGAGAACAAACAC